CCGUGAAAUCUUGGGUUAGUGUUAGGUUUGGGGAUUGGAUUAAGAUAAAAAUAGCGCCCGUCCAUGAUUUGGGCGUUUGUUGUAUCCCUUCUAGCCACAACUUCUGAGUUCAGGGAGGCCUAGUGACGCAGUCACGUGGUUUCGUGCUCAACCAAUCGGAGCGCAGUUUCAGUCGGUGCGGAAGUACAGGAAGCCGGUUGCUCAAAGCCUUCAUUCGCAACCAUGCUGCUGUGGGUUCUAUCCGGGUCUCUGGUUCUGUUCAGCAGUAUCGAUGUCUGGUACUUCCUGAGAGGUUCUUGGAUGGUGAUCAAGUCCUUGUUCCAGGGCCCGAUCCAAGAUGUCCUGGCCGAGCAGGUGGUUCACGGACGGGUUCUCCUUCACGAUCUGGACUACAUGUUUCACAUGAAUAACGCUCGCUAUCUGCGCGAGUGCGACUUCGCCCGCUUUGCGCACAACACCCGAAACGGGCUUUUCAGGGCCGCCCGGGCGCUCAACGCCACGAUGGUGGUCGGAGCGUCGACCAUCCGCUACAGACGCUCGCUGGUUCUCGGCGAGGCAUUUGAGCUGCGGACCCGCAUCGUGUCCUGGGACGAGAAGUCCUUUUACCUGGAGCAGAGGUUCGUCUCCAAGUCCGAUGGGUUCAUCUCAGCUGUCAUGCUGUGCAGACAGAAUGUGAUCCGCAGCUCUCCAGAAAAGAUCUUGGACUUCCUGUGCAAGAGAACGGUGGAGUGCCCUGAUGUACCUGAGGAUCUUCAGCACUGGAUUAGGUUCAUCACUGCAAGCAGUCAGGCAUUGAGAGCAGAGAGUGGAUUAGAUGAGAAGACCAAAUGAUCACUUUAAAGACUCUCACAAUAAACCUCCCUUGUGCAUGUAAGUGUCCCCAUCAUGCUAACCUUAAAUUGUGUAACUUCUCUCUAAGAUUAGAACAUGCGAAAGGGAUUCCUGAUCCAGGACCAGUGGCUUUUUUUA